AUUGAUAGAGGCCAGGCAGCGCUCACGUUUGGCGUCAAGAUGGCGGACGAAGAGGAAGGCAAAGGAUAUCGGUGGGAGACCGAAUAUGAGAGAACUUGGGAAGCCAUUCAGGAGGAUGAGUCUGGCCUCCUGCAGCCCAGCGUGCUGGACUUUGUCCACAGGGCCAAGCGCAAACAGAUGCUGGCCAAGAAAAAUGUUCGACUCGGGAUGAUGAGACACUUGUACGUUGUUGUAGACUUCUCUGAAUCCAUGUCUGAACCGGAUCUAAAGCCUACACGCCUCAUCAGCACACUGAAGAUGCUGGAGCUGUUUGUGGAGGAGUUCUUUGACCAGAAUCCCAUUAGUAAUGUUGGUGUCAUUUCAACAUGUAACAAGAGGGCACAGAAGCUUUGUGAAUUGGCAGGAAACGCUGGGAAGGUGGUAGAAGCGCUACAGUCCAGCAAGACGCAGGUUCCUUCAGGAGAACCCUCUCUGCAGAAUUCUCUUGAGCUUGCAGCUGACGUCCUGCGGCACCUGCCCGUGCACACCAGUCGGGAAGUACUGGUCAUCUUUGGAAGCUUGACCACUUGUGAUCCUGGCAACAUUCAUACAACCAUUGAGACCAUGCGCAAGUGCAACAUUCGUUGCAGUGUUGUUGGCUUGGCAGCUGAAGUUCAUGUGUGCUGCAAACUUACCAAAAUCACUGGAGGCACGUACAAUGUUAUCUUGGACGAGAACCAUUUCAAGGACAUUCUCUUCCAGCAUGCCAUUCCUCCACCAGUCACGGGCAAUGCAGAGUCAUCACUGAUCAGAAUGGGAUUUCCUUACCACCGGACGGAGACUGAAGGCAAACCAUCUCUUUGUUUCUGCCAUCUGGACAGUGAAAACCCUUCGGAUGGACUGAGCAAGGGCGGCUACUUCUGUCCGCAGUGCAAUGGAAAAUACUGCUCUCUACCUGUGGAAUGCAAAGUCUGCAGCUUGACUUUGGUGUCGGCGCCGCACCUUGCACGUUCCUACCACCAUCUUUUUGCCCUGGAAGCCUUUGAAGAGGUACCCUGGGACUCGCUACCAGCAGACACACCUGUAAUCUGCUUCUCCUGUCAAUUGUCCAUAUCAGACAAACAUGUAUACCGUUGUGUGAAGUGCAAGGAAAACUUCUGCCUAGAGUGUGAUCUCUUCAUUCACGACUCUCUGCACACUUGCCCUGGGUGUGCAAGCAGGUUGCCACCACCCGAGACACCCUCCUGACAUUGAAUAAGGGUUCCCAAAGGAGUAGUGUGAGUGUCAUCUGAAUUCAUCCCUCGCCGGCAUUCGUGACACAUUAACCAUCUGGCUUCCUGGCCGAACUGCCUAGUAGAGCUACCUGGCAUUACGGUUCUGAUCAUCAGCUGCGUCUGGUUCAAGCCGAGGCCCAUGGCCGAGGAGAGGCAGUACGGCACUGUUUUUGUUAUUGUCAUGUUGACACUUAAACAUGUCAUUAAAACCUGAUUUUGUUAGCAGUA